GCCAUAGAUGUGGGCAAAACGUCAGGAGAGAAUGCUUCUGGAACAGAGCCGUACAGCCCAGAAAACACACAACAGCCCUGUACAGUAAUAUCCCCAUAACCACUGAACCUAUAUCCACAGUCUCACUUACAUGCAUGAAAACAUUUCUGAAAGGCAACUUGAAACUAUUACUCGAUGCACCUGGACACUGUUGGAAUUCAAACCCCACACUGCCCAAGUCUGCAGUCCUCAAUGAGGAACAGUUAGUUUGCUUAAGACUAGGCUGAGGGAAUCUAUUUGUUCUCUUCUCUCUCUGCUUGUGUGUGUCAGGAGAGAUGUAGUGCUUGGAAAUGUUUCCCUCUUUUGUAUCCUAGAAGAGAUGGAGUUUUGGAGUAGCUCAGACCCAGUCCUUUACUAUUAAGAAAUGUAGUUAUUCUUUUUGUAAAUAAACCUUUUGUAACUGUCAAGAUUGAACUCUGCAUCUUUUCCUCCUGAGCUCUAAAUUCUUUUGAAGCAACAUCACUUCACGCUCUGCUUGCUGUGAACUGAAUGCUCAACAAGUUACUUAUAGACUUCACAACCUCUGAGGAUGCCUGCCAUAGAUGCAGACGAAACAUCAGGAAAGAAUGCUUUUAGAACAUAACCGUACAGCCCGGAAAACUCAUAGCAACCCAGUGAUUCCUGCCAUGAAAGUUUUGGACAACACAAGGAUACUUAUAGUUGAGCAUUCAGCUCACAGCAAGCAGAUCGUGAAGUGAUGUGGCUGGAAAAUAAUUUAGAAUUUAGGAGGCAAAAUGCCGAGUUCAAUCGUUAAAGUUACAAGAGGUUUAUUUAAGAAAUAAAUACAUUUCAAGUGUCAUUUGGGAGUCGGGGAGAAGGGAUUCUUCAGCCUAUUCCUAAGCUAAGUGUUCCUCCUUGAGGACUGCAGACUUGGACAAUGUGGUGUUGCAUUCCAACACAAACUACCAACACACUUGCAUGGAACAUUGCUUUUGAAACAUAACUUCUUUCCUCCCCAUCACAUCCCAAUGUAAAUAGUGACAGGUAGAUGGACCCUUUAUUGGUGACUCCUCCAUCUGGAGGGGAAGAUGUGGGGCCACACACUUGAAACCCCCUCCCUUUCCAUAGGACAAAGUGGGGUUGUCCUUCCUCUGAUCUUAAACUCUCCUCUUAAACAAAUGCAUGACGUGGUUGGUCUUCCGGUGUGUGCAGAAACUUUUCGACUGAUAGAUUUGUUCCUUGAGAAGAGCAUUCCAGAAGGAGGCUUGCCCAUGUGCCUGUUGUUCAGAACCUUGAUUGAAUGAAAGUUCAGACUAAAACCCAGAGCAGAGCCACAGCCUGUGGAGAAAAAGCACCAUCCUUUGUGUGCUUUGUGCAGCUGCCAUACAGAGCUGUCCAAGGUCCUGAUUCCAUAUCCUAGUGUUCAGUUGAUGGUUCCUCAAAGUCAGCCCAACUCUGAAAGAUCAAGAGCAUUGCUUCUUAAUCUUGGGGGUCCUGACCCCAAAUGGGCUAAGUGUUGGGGUCCCGGAAAAAAUGGCCCAUUUAUAUAGGGGCUCUUGCAUACCAGAGGGUAAUUGAGGUUUUAUGGAUUGUUAGGUUCUCUUCUCCCAGUUGUGCUGUGGGUCAGUCUUCCACCAGAGAAAGCACCAAGACACACGCUGGUAGAUUCCAACAGGUUUUAUUGUACAGAAUACCAGAAUCUUCUCUGUAGCCCAUUUAUAUAGGGGCUCUCGCAUACCAGAGGGUAAUUGAGGUUUUAUGGAUUGUUAGGUUCUCUUCUUCCAGUUGUUCUGUGGGUCAGUCUUCCACCAGAGAAAGCACCAAGACACACGCUGGUAGAUUCCAACAGGUUUUAUUGUACAGAAUACCAGAAUCUUAUCUGUAGCCCAUUUAUAUAGGGGCUCUUGCAUACCAGAGGGUAAUUGAGGUUUUAUGGCUGGCAUCUGUUCAUUGUUAGCGCUUGGACUGUGUCCGGAGAUGUCAAAGAUCAGAGAUCAUGACACAUAAGAAGAAAGGAAAGGAAGAAAGACGGGACAAAGGAAGGAAGGGAAGAAAGAAAAGGAUAGUCCACCACCUUGUAUGGCACCUGGUUCCAUUGUGCAGCGGGUCCUUUUCCAUCACAAAGCCCUUCCUAACAUUUCCACGGACUCUCCUUUCUUUGACUUGGAAUCCACCGGUUGUGGAGUCCUUUCCUCAGCAGAACACAACUUGUUUUUAUGUAUCCAGACGGUAGACGCAUUACUUUUUUGAGCGUGCUUUGCAAAAUACGAUAAUUCCCACGUAUGGUCCUGUAGCAGGGAGUUCCUCAGCCCUCAAGGAGAUGCAGCGGAGGAAUGUUUCCAAGCCGCAAAUGCCAAAACACAACAGGCCGGAGUUUGUUUUCUUGCCCCACACGCAGCGCUGAGGUUUUCAGCAGGGAGAAAAACAGAAACUGACCUACAUUCGUCGGCUUCACGGCAUGACGGAGAACAAAGGUACUCGGUAAGCCCCUUUUUAUUCCCUGCGGCUUGCAAGAAAGGUCAGCUUUUUCCAACCUGCGACAUUUCUUUUUCAAUGAAUGGAACAAAGUCUUUUGGCAAGCCUUUGCUGGACUCGAAAGGCGACACCAAUCAAGUUCAAUUUUGUUGCUUUGAGAAAGAAAACCCACAUUUAUUUCUUUCUUCCUCGUUCCUUCUGUUUUUCUAAUUUAUUGCUGAAACUAUGUGAUGUUUAUGCCAUCAUCCUCUAUCCAAAGCCAUGAUAAAACUACCUUUCUUGCAACAGAUCCCCUAAUAAAUUGGGGGAUUUGUAGUUUGAAAAGAAUGGCUCUCCAAACUGGGUUGUUGUAUGUCUUUUGGGUUGUGUGGCCAUGUUGCAGAAGUAUUCUCUCCUGACGUUUCGCCCACAUCUAUGGCAUCUCCAAACUUCUUGGUAGGUAUCGUCCAUAAAUUGCCUUAGUGGUCUUCCUAAUGCCUCUUCUGCAUUGGAUUUCCGGCCCUGGUUCAGCUUUUUCAAUUGGAAAGACUUGGGCUGGAAUGUUUCAAACCCAAAGCAACCUGGACAUUUGGGGAGAAUGUGGAAGCUGCGAAAAACGAUAGCCUUGUAUGAGCGAUUGCUUAUGUUUUUCCCAAUCCUCCCAUAUAAAGUACAUUAUUAUUGUAUUUCUUUAACAUAAUAAUAAUAAUUUAUUUAUACCCCGCCACCAUCUCCCCAACGGGGAGUCGGGGCGGCUUACAUGGGGCCAUGCCCAGAACAAUACAAUAUAACAGAAUAUAAAAAACAACAAAUCAUAACAAAUUGAACAAUACAAUAAAUGAUAAUAUACAUUACAGCACAAAAUCAGAAGAAACAUCUGAUUUAAAAUCCAGAACACAAACAUUCAAAUAGAAUAUAUACACACACACACACACAUAUCUAUCUAUCUAUCUAUCUAUCUAUCUAUCUAUCUAUCUAUCUACAGUAGAGGCUCACUUAUCCAAGCCUCUGGAUAAUCCAAGCCAUUUUUGUAGUCAAUGUUUUCAAUAUAUUGUGAUAUUUUGGUGCUAAAUUCGUAAAUACAGUAAUUACUACAUAACAUUACUGCGUAGUAAACUACUUUUUCUGUCUAAUUUGUUAUAUAACAUGAUGUUUUGGUGCUUAAUUUGUAAAAUCAUAACCUAAUUUGAUGUUUAAUAGGCUUUUCCUUAAUCCCUCCUUAUUAUCCAAGAUAUUCGCUUAUCCAAGCUUCUGCCGGCUCGUUUAGCUUGGAUAAGUGAGACUCUACUGUAUAUAUACACACAGUAGAGUCUCACUUAUCCAACACUCGCUUAUCCAACGUUCUGGAUUAGCCAACGCAUUUUGUAGUCAAUGUUUUCAAUACAUCGUGAUAUUUUGGUAAAUUCGUAAAUACAGUAAUUACUACAUAGCAUUACUGUGUAUUGAACUACUUUUUCUGUCAAAUUUGUUGUAUAACACAAUGUUUUGGUGCUUAAUUUGUAAAAUCAUAACCUAAUUGUUUAAUAGGCUUUUCCUUAAUCGCUCCUUCUUAUCCAACAUAUUCACUUAUCCAAAGUUCUGCCGGCCGGCCUAAUUACGUUGGAUAAGCGAGGCUCUACUGUACAUUUAUUUUAAAAGGUAAAGGUUUUCCCCUGACGUUAAGUCCAGUCAUGUCCAACUCUGGGGGUUGGGGCUCAUCUCCAUUUCUAAGCCAAAGAGCCGGCGUUGUCCGUAGACACCUCCAAGGUCAUGUGGCCAUGGGCAUGACUGCAUGGAGCGCCGUUACCUUCCCGCCAGAGCGGUACCUAUUGAUCUACUCAUAUUAGCAUGUUUUCGGACUGCUAGGUUGGCAGAAGCUGGGGCUAACAGCGGGAGCUCAUUCUGCUCCCUGGAUUCGAACCACCAAACUUUCAGUCUGCAAGUUCAGCAGCUCAGCACUUUAACACGCUGCGCCACUGGAGGCUCCACAUACACACACACAUAUAUGCAUGCAUAUAUAUAUAUAUAUAUAUACACACACACACACACACAGACACAGACACAGACACACAUAUAAUAAAACUGAAAAUUUGUAUGUGGGUAAGUGGUUGGGGUGACAUUGCAAGUUAUAGAGAGUGCACUGAACAUGUCCCAGAGCCCUGCCAAUGUCCUCUGCAAACACCUCACUGCCCACCACCCAUAAUAUAGGAGACAAUUUCCUCCUAGAUUUUCUGUUUUUCCUCCACCACAGAUAUUCCUGUGUUUCUGACUCUAUUGGUGUGGAAUUUGCAUGACCCCGCCCACUGUCUCUCCCAUAACUCUUUCCUAUUCUUUUCUAUGGCACACAGUAAACAGAGGAAUUGAUCAGCAACUGAACAUACUUGAGAGAUUUAGGGGGAAUUCACUAUGAUUGAUAGGAGAUGCAUUGACGAAAAACAACAGGAAAAACUCAGCCGCUAUCAGGACCUCAAGAUUGAACUUCAAAGACUCUGGCAGAAACCAGGGCAGGUGGUCCCGGUGGUGAUGGGCACACUGGGUGCCGUGCCAAAAGAUCUCAGCCGGCAUUUGCAAACAAUAGACAUUGACAAAAUUACGAUCUGCCAACUGCAAAAGGCCACCCGACUGGGAUCUGCACGCAUCAUCCGAAAAUACAUCACACAGUCCUAGACACUUGGGAAGUGUUCGACUUGUGAUUUUGUGAUAUGAAAUCCAGCAUAUCUAUCUUGUUUGCUGUGUCAUAAUAGAAUAAUAAUACUUCGCGCAUCGCGCAUCAUUGAUAGGCUUGCUCUGGAUGCGUCAUCAGUGGGUUUCAUUGUCUUCUCUGGCUUUAGGGUGAACUACAACUCCCACUAUGUUGAGUCAGUCUCCUGAAGCCCCUCCAGUAGGUUGAGUCAGUCAUGGGGUUUCUGAUGGAGUUUUUUCGGGGUUAGCCUGGCAUGAUGUCAGUUGUAGUUCCCUCACAACCUUAUGCAUUUUGGAUAAUUAAAAACUGACUUUUUCAAAACACUAUUUACCCAGCCCAGUAUAUAGAUAAAAGUCAAGGUGUAUAUGUAUGUAUGUACAUAUGUAUGGCUUAUUUUUCCCACAAAGGCUGUUGCGUGGUGAAGUGGCCCCCUGGGAAAGAAAGAUGAUAAGGGAAAAGAAAGAAGGAAAGAGCCAAAGAAGGGAAAGGGAAGUAUUAUGCAUGCCCAACAUGCAUCCUUAGCCACAACUUCUACCCAUCAUCUUCAAAGUUUGCCCAAAACUGAAAGAGAUCACGAAGCACGUUGGACCGGAGAGACGAGUCGCUUAACCGUGGCCCUGUGAACAUUGUGCAAAACCAUGUCGGGGAAGAGAUUUAGCUCUUGAGUGUUUGCAAACAUUCGACGUGGCUUAGAAGAAUGGGCCCUUUGUAUUCGACGAAAAAAGCCAAAGUUGGGGCAGCAGGCCAGAGGCACACAAUGGCAGGAGUGAGCUGUCAGUCUGACGCGCGGAAAGGAAUCAAAACAGGUAGCGAAGCCGCCCAGAAUAGCUGCGUCGUCCCCUGGGCUGAACGCAUUUGCCCUUUUCUCCGUGGCGAGAUAUUUUAUCCCUUCUUCCCCACCCACCCGAUGGACUUCUUGCUGCGUUCUUCUGGCUUUUGGUCAUUGUUUUUCUACUCUCUGGCGGGGAAAAUAGAGCCAUUGAGUCACGGCGAUGAAUGACAUCAGAAUGAGACCCAAAGUAUAAACGGCAGGAGCAAAACCUCGACCUGGUUCUUUUCAGAAGCAUCUAAAGAAGGGACGAAAAGGAGGAGAGCAAGGAUGGAGGCUCCAGCUUUGAUCACUUGCAGUUCCAGACACCUAUCUCGCCAAAGGCAUUGACCUUUUCCACCUUUGUCUGUGAGCGCAUCGCCUGAAAUGUUUCCCUGGAAGAAGGCCGCCAAAUGCCAACCAGUGGCUUGCCCCAAUAUCAUCACGCCAGACCGAAUCCCCCCGUUCUUGAUCCCGCCCAACCUGGCUUCCAUUCAAGGCCGGCAUCUGUGUAGGAACCAGACCCACAAGGACUUUGCCCAUGGGGACCGCGCAGAGAAAGUCAGUGGACCUCUCCAAGGUGCCUCCUCCAUGCCUCAGCUCUCCGGCAUCCCUCUCCUUCCGGAGAGUCCGCACACUCGCCGCCGAGAGUCUCUUUUCCACAACGGACAGACACCCCACCGGUGCCACUUCACCCGUUUCACGGCUCCACAGACCCAUUUGGCCCCGGAGAGUGACACGGCCUCCUCCACGGAGACGUCCCCGUAUAGCUCUCCACUACUCAUGCGUUCCUUGGGUGCCCUCCCGUUGUGCCGUGGCUACCGCCGGAGGUGUGGGAGCCGUUCAACCAACGCGGGGAUGGUUUCUCGGCCAAGUUCGUUGUCCACGGAGGAGACCAGCUCCACAGAUACGAGCCCCAGCUUCCCCCGUCGGGAAACAGAGCCUCCCUGGGGCCACUUGACUCCGACGUCCUUCUUCCCGCUGGACUGGGUCCGCUGCCGCGAGAGGCUCACCAAGGAGGUGGUGCUAACGGUGAGCAAAGGAGGGCGAGUGAGGCUCUCGAGCGAGUAUCUGCAGCCUCAAGGGAGGCUCCGCAUCCGUUUGGUGAGCGCCGAGGCCUUCUACCCAUCUCACUGCGAUCCGCGGCACAUUCACUGCUGUGUCUCCCUCCGGUUGCGCCCCGGGCUCAGACAGAGGCAGCGCAGCGCCGUGGUGAAGCGGAGCCGGGACCCCAUUUUCAACGAGGAUUUCUUCUUCGAAGGCCUUUCGGUUGACGAUCUCCCCCGGCUGAGCCUCAGACUCAAGGUGCUCAACAAAGGCUCCGGGAUGCGGAGGGACGCCGUGUUAGGCGAGUGCGACAUCCCGCUCGAUUCGCUCUUGCCCUGAAAGACUCAGACGAUGGGAAAGAAUAAAUCCGCUACAGUGAGGAUUGGGAACUGGUUAACUGGGGCCGGGCUGUGGCGUAGGCUGUUGAGCAGCUGCAAUAAAUCACUCUGACCAUGAGGUCAUGAGUUCAAGGCCAGCCCGUGGCGGGGUGUGCACCCGUCAAUUAAAAAUGAAAAAUAGCCCCUGCUCGUUGCUGACCUAGCAACCCGAAAGAUAGUUGCAUCUAUCAAGUAGGAAAUAAGGUACCACUUAUAAAAGUGGGAGGCAAGUUUAACUAAUUUACAACGUUGGAAUGAGGAAGUGCCAUCAGAGUGGAUGAUGAAGCAGCUGCUCCCCCCUGUGGCCAGAAUCGAACAUCCCCUCAGGAGAAGGUUAAAUUGCCUCUGCGUCUGUCUCUGUCUCGGUUCUAUGUGUAUAUGGGCAUUGAAUGUUUGCCCU